GAGGGUCGCGCGGCCUCUAAGGCGGCGACAAGAUGGCUGCGGCUGCGGCGGCUGAGGGAAACUCAGCGGUGGAGCCGGCAGAGUCGCCGCUGACGGAGGGGAACGACGACGAGGAGGCCGGUCCGCCUCAAGAAGAGGAGGAGGAGGAGGAAGACGACGAGUCGGCGGCGGGACCGAGCAGCGGCAGCGCGGGGUUCCGCUUGACGGCGGUGCGCCGUGAGCCGGCAGUGCGGCUGCAGCACAGCGUGAGCGGUGUGGAGCCGCUGGCUUGGUCCGAGGACCACCGCGUGUCGGUCUGCACAGCCCGCAGCAUCGCCGUCCUGGAGCUGCUCAGCGACGUCCAAGGCGGCGGCGGAGGAGGUGGAAGCAGCGGCGCUGACCUCGUCAUCCACCGCACGGCCGUGCCGGCCCCCUCCGCCGCCUGUCACCUCAAGGUUGGUUCCAAAAAUGAAGUUGCUGAAUGUAAGGAAAAGUUUGCCAGUUCUAAGGAUCCAACCAUGAGCCAGACAUUAAUGUUGGACAGGGUGUUCAACCCCGAAGGGAAGUCGCUGCCGUCCAUGCGAGGCUUCAGAUACUCCAGUUGGUCUCCACUGGGCUGUGAUGCAAACAGCAGGUGCCUCCUGGCAGCAUUAACCAUGGACAACAGGUUGACCAUCCACGCUAACCUUGACAGACUUCAAUGGGUGCAGUUGGUUGACUUGACUGAGCUCUAUGGAGAGCGCCUGUUUGAGAAUGGCUACCGGCUUUGUAAGGGUGAGGGUCCCAGGGUGGAUUUAGGGGACUUCUCCGAAUUCCAGAGAAGGCACAGCAUGCAGACCCUGGUGCGCAUGGAAUGGUCUGGAAUCUGCACCACCCAACAGGUGAAGCAUAAUAAUGAGUGUCGGGAUGUGGGCAGCGUGCUGCUAGCCGGAAUCUUUGACAAUGGCAAUAUCGCCAUCUGGCAGUUCCAGCUCCCAUUUGUGGGCAAGGAAUCAAUCACAUCUUGCAAUACUAUUGAGUCAGGAAUCACUUCCCCCAGCGUAUUGUCAUGGUGGGAAUAUGAGCACAAUAAUAGGAAGAUGAGUGGUCUCAUUGUUGGGAGUGCUUUUGGACCCGUUAAAAUCCUCCCCGUCAACCUUAAAGCAGUCAAGGGCUAUUUCACCCUCAGGCAACCAGUGAUUUUGUGGCAAGAGAUGGACCAGUUGCCUGUACACAGCAUCAAGAGCAUUCCUCUCUACCACCCAUAUCAGAAAUGCAGCUGUAGCUUAGUGGUGGCCGCAAGAGGAUGCUAUGUGUUCUGGUGUCUUCUUUUGAUCUCCAAAGCAGGUUUAAAUGUCCAUAAUUCACAUGUUACAGGGCUCCACUCUCUCCCAAUCAUUUCCAUGACAGCAGACAAACAGAAUGGGACUGUCUACACAUGCUCUAUUGACGGGAAGGUCAGGCAGCUGAUUCCCAUCUUCACGGAUGUUGCAUUGAAAUUUGAGCACCAGCUGAUAAAGUUGUCUGAAGUGUUUGGCUCUGUGCGGACUCAUGGGAUUGCAGUGAGCCCGUGUGGAGUGUACCUGGCGGUAGUGACCACAGAAGGCAUGACCAGUGGCCUCCACCCUAUCACCAAGAACUACCAGGUCCAGUUUGUGACCCUUAAAACAUUUGAGGAGGCAGCAGCUCAGCUGCUAGAAUCAUCUGUCCAAAACCUUUUCAGGCAGGUUGACCUCACAGAUCUUGUCCGCUGGAAGAUCUUGAAAGAUAAGCACAUUCCACGAUUCCUACAGGAAGCCUUGGAGAAAAAGAUUGAGAGCUUUGGGUCCACAUAUUUUUGGCGCUUUAAACUGUUUCUCUUGAGGAUUUUGUACCAGUCACUGCAGAAGGCUCCCUCUGAGGCCCUGUGGAAGCCAACCCAUGAGGACACAAAAGUCUUAAUAGCACAUUCCCCUGGGAUGGGCAGCAGCGAAGAGCAGCAACAAGACAAAGGCACUUCAAAACAGGGCAGCAAGCAGAAUCCAAGCGACAUAAUCCGAGGAGCAGAUGUGGAUGAUCAAGCAGAUGACUCUCUUGUCUACUCCAGUGACAUAGGAGGACGGGAGCCAAUGGAAGAUAAGCUUCUUGAAAUCCAAGCUCAGAUUGAAGCAGUGGAAAUGCAUUUGACACGGGAACAUAUGAAGCAAGUGUUGGGGGAAGUCUACCUGCACACAUGGAUUACGGAGAACACCAGCAUUCCCACGAGGGGAGUCUGCGACUUCUUAAUGUCUGAUGAAAGUUAUGAUGACAGGACAGCACGGGUGCUGAUUGGGCAUAUCUUAAAGAAAAUGAACAAACAGACUUUCCCAGAGCACUGCAGCUUGUGCAAAGAGAUCCUGCCGUUCACAGAUCGCAAGCAGGCAGUUUGCUCCAACGGACACAUUUGGCUCAGGUGCUUCCUUACCUAUCAAGCCUGCCAAAGCCUGGUGUACAGAAGAUGCUUGCUUCGUGACAGCAUCGCACGGAAUCCAACCCCAGAAGAUCCUGAUUGGAUCAAGAGGUUGCUGCAGGGGUCUUGCAGUUUUUGUGACUCUCCCGUUUUCUAAAGAACAAGAUUGAGAGCCUGAUGUAUUUUUUUCCAGCGCACAAAGCACCACUCUAACCCUGGAAACUGCCUGAAGGUGCAAACAUGUAAAUUACCCAGAAAGGAACUUUUUAGUAGAAGACAGUGAGCUGGACAUGCUUAGUGGUCCAGCAUCCCAUUUCAAACCUGAGAGGAAGCAGAAAAGCCUUCUGUUGGGAAAGCUUCAGCACAGACACUUUGGAAACAGCUCUGACUCAUCCCAGUUAAGCAUUGGUACUUGACUCCUUUCUUUUCUUGGCAAGUAGGGUCUGGAAUUGGAGAAAUACACCGGUGCUGACUCCACACCACCCUCCAGCCCACUUCAUUUGGCCAUAGGAUGCUUUUCUUGCAAAGGUGGAAUCCCAGCAGUGGGGGAUACCACUGCUGCUGCUGCUACUUCUACUACUACUACUUCAUAGGUCAGCAGGAUUUGAGCCUACUUUUACUCUUUCAUUCAUUUUCAAACAAAUGUUUAAAACUGUGCCAGAGACAAUUAAAUUUUUAGAAAUAACAUGCAGGUUUAAGAAUAUUUUUUUAAAUGUCCUGCAUGCCCAUUACAUGAGGGUGAAAAUCCUGACCAUUUCACACCUACAGAAGUUGGCAAUCAAGUCAGUGGCUUCUUAUAGGAAACAUUAAUCCGCCUGUGCCAAAUGUGGAAUGGUAAGUUUUAAAAGGCUAAUCAAGUUAUUUCACCAAUGGAGCAUGUCAUACUAAAAGCAUCAGCAUUUUUGAUCAAACUCUUCUUGCCAGUGAAUUUGUUCCCCCUUGCUCAGUUCCCCCUUCUAAUCGCAUAAUCCCCUCCCAAAUUUUUGCCAGUGCCUUUUUUUUUAAAAGCAACAGUUUUGCUUGCCAGGAAAUCUUCUUCUUCCUCCCAUUAUAGAUGGAUACAUUAUUUGUAGAUGUUGGCUUCAGCAGUCAAUAUGUUAGAAAUUGCAACCAGGCAAAUGUCUAACUAUCCCACCAGAGUUCUGCGGUCAUUCACUCUUGUCUUAUGAAAUGAAGCUAUCCAGCUAUAAAAACAUUUGCAGCUUGCUGUGGCAGAAUCUACAGCUGGAUCCCUCCCACAGGAGGUGGUGAUGGCAACCAACUUGCAGAGCUUUAAAAGAGGAUUAGACAAAUGGAUAAGGCUGUGUUCUCCCUCUGUUGAAGGCAGUGUGCCUCUGAAUACCAGUGGUUGGAAACCGCAGGGAAGGGGAGACAGAGGUGCCAGCUUCUGAAGGCGUGUGUCGUGGUACAUGACGUCACAAUGUCGGAGGAGCUGGGGGCAGAGCCGAACGUGGCAGCAGUGGAGUGGCAGCCCAGCUUCAAUGGCUGUAUCUCCUGCUGCUGCUGCUGCUGCUGCUGCUGCUGCUGGUACUGCUACUGCUACUGCUGCUGCCACCGCCAGAGUCUGUUUCCCUGCUCCUUCCACUCCAUGACUGGAGGAGAAGGAGGAGAAGCCAGCUACUGAAGCCACGCCACACUCGGCCGCCUCUGCUGCUCGGCUCCUAGGAGAUGGUACCCUUGAGGGGAGAGUAUUCUUGUACUCAGGUCCUGUUUAUGGGCAUCCCAGAAGGGGCAUCUGGUUGCCACUGUGAGAACAGGAUGCUGGACUAGAUGGGUCAUUGGCCUCAUCCAGCAGGGCUCUUAUUAUGUUCUUACAAGAUGCAGCAGAAUAAAUCAGAGGUCCUCAGAACUACUUCAGACUGUGGAGUAGGGAGCACAUUUGUAGCACUUCUUUCUGUAAAUAAUCAAGUCACCAGUAAAAAGUUCCUGCAGGUUAAAAUCAAGUACAGUGGUGCCUCGCUAGACGAAUUUAAUUCAUUCCACGGGUCUAUUCUUAUAACGAAAAAUUUGUCUAGCGAAUCCCAUAGGAAUGCAUUGAAUUUUUUUGUAUUCUGCUGCAUAUGUAGGCUAAGCCCUCUGAGGACAUGCCCUUCAUAGGAGUGAGCAGGAGUUCUCUAGGACUCCGUUCAUAGGCUGUAGGUACAUUUUUUAGUUGUUUGCUGUCCUUGGCCAAAAUACUGCACUUUAAAAGGUGGAGGUCAAUUUGGAUUGAUCAACCAGUUCAUGGAAAUAGGAAUUUAUUGGCAGGGUGAGCCAAAAGGGAUCAUAAAAUGAUGUUGGUUAUGUUAAUAAUUUUGUGCUUUGGGGCUGAUGUUUUUAGUGCCUCUGAUGACUUUGUUCUAAUGCUUUCUCCUGAAGCUAUCUACUGCUCUCCUUAUACUUUCCAAGAAGGUAUUUCACUCUGUGGGUAUGAAAGAUCCAUGUAAGUGGGUCAAGAUGAUUGUCCUCACUCCACAACCCCAUGAAGGUCUCCUCUAGAUUAAAAGGAUAUUGAAUAGAACAGUGAUUUCAGUCUAGAGAGUCACUACAAAUCAGUGUAGACAACACUAGGCUCAAUAGGUUGAUGGCGAAGUGAUCUACUUUUUGUUUUUUCAUUCUGGAGAUGAGUAGACCUGCUGGAGGAGGCAGUGCUAUUUCCCAACGAUUACUCCACACCCACACCCACACCCACACCCAGCUCUGCCUGUUGGAGCCCAUUCUCAGCCUAUUGAGAGGACCUAAAUAGUACACAUUAGGCAGUAUGCUGGGUUAAUUGGAUUAAAACAGUGGAAAAGGCUAAUUAAAUAUUGAACAAUGUAUUCUUGCUAUGGUAAGCUGAACAAGAGAGUGGAGUGUAUGGAGCUGAAUUCUCAUCAAUCAGCACUACUGAAUAACUCCACAAACUGCUGUAAUAGAUUUGGUGUUGUGUGUGGGGUUAUAUGCGGGCAAAAUACAGCACCUGUACUUCUACUAGAUGGACUUCAAUUCUUUCCUUUAUCGACUUUCUACUUCCUUCCAAAGGUAAAUGCCCAGUAUCUUUCGUUGCAGAGAGAUUUAACAAUGGGAGGAACCCACUGAACCCUCAGAAGCACAUGAGAACUGAGUUCAGACUCAGUUCCGUUUUUCAACUGUCUUAACUGUGACAAAACUUUUCAAGGGGGCUGACUCAAGCCCAUGGCAGUUGAAGGGGCCAAUUUCUGAUGAAGGAACAUUGUAGAAUCAAAAUGGGGGAGCACCAGUUUGCUGCUAACUUAGCAACUUAGCAAAGUCUUCUGUCUUGUGACUUAUUUCUGAAUGCAGCCCUCCUAACCAAAUGACUCCCACUUCUGCUGUGUGUUUGUGUGUGUUUAAAAAAAACCCCACACACUGAAUGUAGGAGGAGUUUAUCCAUCCCACUUUAGUUUUAUAUAUAUAUAUAAAUAAUUUUUAUUAAAGAUUUUCCUCAUUUACAAAAGCACAUGCAUUGUCUCUUUCUUCAGGUUGUGUUUUCUACAGAUCAGUUACAUUUGUUUUGAGACAAAUGUGUUAUAUGCAGUAUAGGGUUGGGAAGAAAAGAGGAAGAUGGGAAAGGGUGGGAUGGUAAAGCUUAUGUUCUUUUACUUAGUGUAUGUGCCAGGGUUUUGUGUUAGUGCCACUUGGGUAGGUUCUCUUUCUAUUUAUUCACUUUGGACAUGACUGCUCUAGGGCAAGUGUGACUAACUUGUGGACCUCAAGAGGUUGGAUUCCCAACUCCCAUCAGCCCCACUCAGCUUGGCCAGUGGUCAGGGGCAAUGAGAAUUGGAGUCCAGCAGCAACAUGGAGGGCCAGUGGUUUGCCACUCCUUCUCCAGGAGUAUCUCUGACUGAUCUAACCUUUAAUCUUAGAAUGGGUUUCCUGUUUUCUUUAUAGCUACAUUCAAAAGCUUGAAUAGAUUUCUUCUGACUCAUACACCCCAUUUGAAACAGGUGAAUACAGAACUUUGUGCCUAUUGAAUUAAUAUCAGUGUGGCUGUGCCAGUACUUUCUCUGAACACUGGUUGUUGGCCCGAGAUUUAAUGAAGGCCAGCACAGCUUGAAUGUCUAGACAAAGUCAGGCUGCUCUUCCUUAAAGAACUGAGUUUCUUGCAAGAAUUAGGGCAGAUAUUUCUGAAAGGCAAUAUGGAGUUCAUAAACCUGCCCAGUCACAUUGGGGUGGGGAGUUUUAGUCACAGAGGUGACUCUUAUGUUGUAUUCAGCUCCAAAAAAUAGUAAAUUCUCAACAGUAGCUUAACAUUUGAUCACCUUUAUUAAAGGACAGGGGGAUGGGGAAUGCUUCAUUGUUAUUUUUAUGAAGUAGAAACCAGUGCCUGCCAGUCUGGUGGAUAGCGUGGGUCUGGAAAUAGGGCUUCUGUCUGCCAAGGAUGCUGUCACACAAGGAUGGCAAGGGCCACAUUCACUCAGUGGGUGCAACCACUCCUCUCUCCUCUUUUCUCUUGUGCUUUUCCUCCCCUCUCUGCAAGGUUUCUGGGGAACAACAACACAGGUCACUCUUGCCAGUAAUCUGCACUCUUUUCAAGGGCGGUGCAUGAAAUUAGAGUAAGGGAUGCAAGUUGCCUAUGCAUAGAACCAUGGAAAGGUAGAGUUGGAAGGGACCCCAAGUUUCAUCUAGUCCAACCUCCUGCAUGCAGGGAUCUCAACUAAAGCAUUUGUGACAGAUGGCUCUCCAAUCUAUGCUUAAAAAGCUCCAAUAAAGGUUGGAGUGUGAGACCUAAAAUUGGGGUGAAGUGCAACUUUGUCUUUACUGCAGGUUCUCCCCAAAGCAAAGAUUUGCUUUUCUCCAUGGGUGUGAAUGGCACCAGAGACUUGUGAGGGAGCCUUAAUCUGGUCCCAGCCCCUGGUGGUCCCAUUAAAGUGCCAACCUGAAGUUCAUUUAGAAUCAGAAUUGUAGAAUUGUUGGAAGGGACUGUGAGAGUCUUCUAGUCCAGCCCCCUGUGAUACAGAAAUCUCAACUAGAUCAUACAAAUCUCCAGGGAAGGAGAGUCCACUACCUGCCGAGCAGUCUGUUCCACUGCUGAAGUUCUUCCUGAUGUUUAGUCAGAAUCUCCUUUCUUGUAACUUGAAUCCAUUGGUUCAGGUCCUACUCUCUGAAGCAGGAGAAAACAAGUUUGCUCUGCAAUCCAUGUGACAGCCUUAUAGGUAUUUGAAAAUAGCUACCAUAUCUCCACUCAGUCUCCUCUUUCCAGGCUAAACAUACUCAACUUCCUCAACCGUUCUUCAUAAGGCUUGCUUUCCAGACCCUUGAUCAUCUUGGUUGCCCUUCUCUGUACACGUUAAAUUAUGGUGCGCAGAAUUGGGCACAGUAUUCCAAGUGUGGUUUGACCAAGGCAGAAUGGAGUGGGGCUAUUACUUCCCUUGAUCUGGACACUAUACUUCUAUUGAUGCAGCCACAAUGAGCUUAUGAUCAUUGCCCAGUCCAGCCCAACCCACCCCAAAUUCGUAACAUAAAGAUCAAUACUGUAUAUAGUCAGUAUUUUUUAAUUAAUUAAUUACCAUUACUGGGAGUCAGAGCAUGUAAAAAAUAAGGAAGUAAAACAAGCAUAAAUAAUGUUACCAGAGGUUACUCGUUGAUGAGAAGGGGUGCUCUCUGCACAUGCCCACAUCCUUUAUUUCUGAAGCUUGCAGUUCCUAAUUAGAUUUUUCACACUAUACCCCACAGGCUUCUUUACAACUCCCAGGUCCUUUUUGACCCUCUUUCAACUGCUUAUUCAGCCACUGCACAGUCCCAUUUACCAUGUUUGUGAAUAUUGAAAUAUUGACCACUUUGGGAGAUCCUGCUAUAGUGGGACAGAGCAAUCUUGGGAACUACCCAUUACUGAUACAGUUAACCCUUAACAACAUGUUUCAUAUGGCAAAGGAACAGUUCCUUCUGUUUCAAGGCACUUCAUGCAAGUUUUUGCCAGAGAAGGUGGUGGGGUCUCUGCAAUACAGAAAUAACUCUUGAAGGAAUCCUUCACCCCAAAACACUAUAUCCCUUCAACCCCUCCUUGGUGGUAUGUGGGAUGCUGGGUCUGAUGACACUGCAAGAUGGAGCCAGAAGAGAAAAUGUUUUCUGUGUUGCUGUUCUGCGGAAAUGGGGUGAGGAGGAACAUUAGCCACCCCUCGCAAUAUCGGUCCCCAAUAAAAGUGGGCUGAGAUUUCCUUUUUAAUUAGAUUUCUGGUUGGAAAAGCUCACCUCCUUUUCUGGCCCUGUGUUACAAAAGUUAAAUAGCACAGCCAGAGGUCUGACAAACCAAACCAUCAAUUCUGAGGAGAAAAGCCAUAAAAAAAUCAUAGUCAUUUGUAAAGACAUUAAUUAUCCACCCGCUCAGCAUAAAUAUAAAAUAUGUGUUAUGUCUGUGCGUUGUUUAUUUCUUAAAAUGCUAUGGUGCAAUAAGGGAGUCUGAUUAAGGGUUCAUUCCUUAACCCAGUUAGGGCUUUUGCAUCUUGGCUUUUAAACAAAAAACAAAAUCAAUGUGUUGGAGAGAAGAAAUGUUAAUCAACUAGCUGGUUCUUGUGUUACCAAGCUGACCGCAUUAAGCCUAUGUUAUGAAAAUGCUCUGGUUCCCUUGAGGACGGUACAUUACUGUGAAUAUUAAUGCUGUAUAUAUGGUUGACUUCUUUUGUAAAUGUGAAACAGAAUCUGGAGAAUGUGUUUUGUAUACUGCAACAGUAGCACUGUUAACACGAAUCACUUUCUAAAUACUGUAAAGAAACACACAACUUGUGUAUUGUGUUUAAAUAGGUGCCUUGGCAAAGUGAAGGAGACAUUGGAUUCUUGGCCGAUAAAGCAUUAUGCUGAUUUCUUGACCAAUUUGGAUUGCUUUAAAAGAGAACUGGACAAAUUCAAGGAGGAGAAGGCUAUCAAUGUCUGCUAGCCAUGAUGGCUAUGAUCUACCUGCAUGGUUGGGGGCGUUAAAGCUUCUGAAUACUGGUUUCUGGAAACCUCAGGCGGGGAGAAUGCUAUUGCAAUCAGGUCCUGCUUGUGGGUUUCCCACAGGCAUCUAGCUGGUCACUGUGAGAAUAGUAUGCUGGAUUAGAUAGAACACUGCCCUGACCCAUCAGUUUUUCUUAUGUUAUGACAAUCAGCCCAACAGAAGAGACAACAAGCAUGACUAUUUGUUACUUCCAUCCUAUGUGCAGUAGCCAUGAGUAAGCUAGGGAUUGAAGAGACGGAGGAUUCUGAAGGGGCUCCCAGAGCCAAAGCAGAGAAAGCUGGAGGGGACAGUAGCACUUCCGGCCACCUUUCUCUGUGCUUUAUUCUCCUUUCAGCUGCUACAUAGAGGUCCUUCUUGCUUUUCAGCAUGCAAAAAUGCCAUCAAGCCCCAAAUUUUGAAUUAAGUUGUAACCCUGGUAGCAAGGACUCCAGGAAAACCAGACAAAUAAGAGUCUUACUAAGAUGAAAGCAGUACAGUGGUACAUCGGGUUACAAACACUUCAGGUUACAGACUCUGCUAACCCAGAAAUAGUACCUCGGGUUAAGAAGUACUAAGGUUAAGAAGUUGCUUCAGGAUGAGAACAGAAAUCGUGCUCCGGCGGCGCGGUGGCGGCAGGAGGCCCCAUUAGCUAAAGUGGUGCUUCAGGUUAAGAACAGUUUCAGGUUAAGAACGGACCUUUGGAAUGAAUUAAGUUCUUAACCAGAGGUACCACUGUACUUUUAUGGCCACUUUUAAGAACCAGAGGAAGAAUGUUUAAGGACUGAACACUCAGCCUCACCCCAUCAGUAUCUAUUGAUGGCCCCAUCCAUGUAUAGGCCUUAUUCCAUCCCUGUUAAAUGACUUGCUCGAGUCAUUGCAUGGCUUGGUCAAGCGGAGAUUCUUCCCUGACCUGGCAUGUAAGCCACCAGGAGGUGUGAAGUAACAUUGGUGUGGUGUGAACACACUGGCCAAGCCAAUCUGGUUCAAUCUGGUGACUGAACCUCGUGCACAGCGUGACUGGGGAGGUAUGUGCAGGACUGGGUGUUGCCCUUUGCACACUGAGCCUAGGCAGUUUUGGUAUCGUGAUGGUUUGUGCUGUGAGCAUAUUGGAUAUUGUCACAGGACUAGACAUGAGUAACCAUUGUUGUCUUGCUUUUCAAGGGAAGUCCUUGACAUAGCUAAUCCUCUAUUGAAAGCCUUUUUCUCCUCCCCACUCUCUUCAGCAGGAAUUCCCACCAGAAUUAUGGGACAUGAUUGCAAGGGGUAAUAAAUUCCACGGCUGCAGGUUCCCGUGAGCCCAAAACUCUCGCCCACACAGAGGAGUCUGCCUGCCGCAUCUCUGAAUGACUUUGCUCGGGCCUUGCCCCUGCCGCAUAAAGGAUUCUGCUAUGUCUCUGCCUUGGGCAUGAUGAGAUCAGUUAAGCUCUUGUAAUGCAGGCAUGUAAGCAAAUUGGCUGCCUCUUCAGCCUCUGCCUGGGGCCAUUCUGUUUGGCAUUCCUCUAUGCAGUCAGGAGGCACACUCACAAACAGUGAUGUGUUUUUGCACAGGGCAAAAACAGGUUGCCUCCUUCUGAAGUCAGAUUAUUUCUUACCCUUUUUUUUGUGCAUGGCAUGUGGUUCCAGUUCCAAAUCAGACAGGAAGAUGUAUCCCUGCUAGCAGAAUCUGGGAAACAUUUCUCUUGAGAAUGUAGCAAAUUGGUGGAUGGGACAAGAGUUGCAUGUUUUAGGUGCCACACAAACAUCCAAGGACUAGUUGUUGUCACCUGAUGCACUCCUAGCUUGCUUGCUUGCUUGCGCUCUCCUUGCCAAAUGUUUAUUUGGCUGGAAUCAGAUGCUAAUCAAAUCCAGCCCAGCUCCCAAAUUGGUUUUGAAGCAUCGUCUUCCAAUUAUAAAAGUAAUUCCUCCUCUCACCCGCUGAACCUUUUGUAGCAUUAACGGGGCCUCUUACUAUGCAAAGUGGAUGCAAAGGCCUCUUUCGUUUCCCCAGUAAUUAAAUGAAUGUCAAUUGUUUUAGUCGUUUCUGAGGGAGAGUCCUACAAGAGUAUUAGCAUGUUCUGCUAACCCAGACGGCCUGCACUCCAGGCCUGGCGGAAGCCCUUGGGGGGUUGACCACUGACCCGAGAACUCUCUGGGCGGACACACUGGCUGCAUCUCAAUGAGCCGGCCUCAUUCGGUUUCUCUGCGACUGGCUGAGCGGAACUAAUAUUGCCGACGCAUAUAGAUGAAAGAAUGGGGGGAGUAGCUUUAUGGCUAAAUUAAUUAAGCAGAUGUACCUGUCUAAUUAAAGAGCCACUGUCCCCUUUGUACCCUCACUUGCACGGCAAACAGUAUUUAAAUGCGCGGCCGAGCCGUUUCGCCUAUCAAUAUUUAGUAGGAACACUCUGAUGGAGGUGAUAUUAGCAAGAUGUACUCUCCAUUUAUUAUUAAUAGCCGCCAUUCCAAUUUAUGCACGGGAGCGGCAGUAUAGCUUUACAAGCACUGGGCCAGGGCCUGGGGUGGAAAGGAGGCAGCUGCUGAGGUAAGCAGUGACACAUCCCACCGGCAAGGGGAAACCCUUCAGAAAUGCCCCAGGGUUGAGCCACUGCAGCCCUUUCACAAGUGCCUGCUGACGUCAUGCUGCUGGGCUCCAGCAAUCCAAAGGUUGCCCUUGGCCUGAUGUCACAGCCAGAAGCAAGAGGUGAGCAGGGGCUAGGGGGCCAUGGGGAUUGCUAGGUGACACCCCCCACACCCACACCCGUUGGGCUGGAGAGGACAAGGAAAGAAACCCUUGUUUACUGCUGAUCUGGAGUCUUGCCUCCUGGUCGAAGAUUGCAACCACGUCCACAGCAAAAUGGCAAAGGGGGGGGG